AUGGAGAAUCCGAGUCCACAGUGCGGUGCGGCUGCAGAGGACCCGGAGAACCCGGAGGUCUUCUGCCUGAUGAGAGUGAACAACAGCUCGGGCUGGCUGCGCCUCUGGGAGAACUGUGAGAUCACUGUUGGACGAGGGAUGGAUGUGACAUACCCAAUAAUAUCUCUGACCUACCCACUCAUGCUCUCCCGGCUACAUUGCUCUUUUAAACUGCGAGAAGAUGGAGCGUGGACCGUCACGGACAGAAAAAGCUUGAAUGGAGUAUGGGUGAACGGUCGUCAAAUCACCCCAGAAAAGCCCCACGUGAUCAGACUCGGAGACUCCAUCCAGCUUGGGGUCGCAGUGAAAGACUCUGUAGAAUUUGACUAUGAGUUUGUUAAGAGGCCGCUAAACGACGUGAGAAGCUCUCUGUUACGGCCUGAUAUGGAAGCCCCUAACCAUCCCAGAUUAUUUAAAAAACCCAAGAGGAAAAUGACUGAUGAAAUUGAGCCUUCUACGUCUUCCAAACCCAAGCUGUAUCGCUCCUCUGGGGUGGAUAAGUCUACAGCACAGCCUUGUCCAAUACAGACCAUAGAACCCUUGGAACCCAGAGAACCCAGACCAGAGAACAAAGUCCAACAUCCAAUCCCCAACGUCAAAAAUAGAGAAGAUGUGGACAACUUACAAAUGUUCAGCCAGAACAACCUGAUGCUGAGGGAGCAGGUGGACUGCACGGAGAGGCGUGUUGCUUCUCUGGAGGGACAGCCCCAGCAGAGCGCCCCCUACAGGGAGGAGCAGCGAGAGUGGCAGAGGCAACUGGACACGCUACGAGCCAAAAUGGAAGAGAUGAAGGCACUAGAAUUAUCUUUUAACAAUGCAAAACAGCAGUUGGAGGAACAAAAAAGAAAGACCAGAAGAGACCAGAUGAAAGAAGAGAAAAAACAAGAGAGAGAGCAGCAACAAGAAGUGCAUCUGAAACAGAAACUCGACGAAGCGUUAAAAGAACAAAAGAAAGUGUUGGAUGAGCUCUCUCGGUCCCGACGAGGCUUUGAGGAGAUGCUUCUGGCCAAAAAUAAAGAAUUGGAAGUGACGAAGGAGGAGAAGGAAAAGGCCAAGGCCAAAGGGGAGGAGGUGGUGAGUCAGAUGACAGAGGUCAUGCAGAAUGAGCUGGAAUGCAUCAUCUGCUCAGAGUUCUUCAUAGAGGCUGUGAAUUUGAACUGUGCUCACAGUUUCUGCAAAUACUGCAUCCAACAGUGGCGCAAGAAGAAAGACCAGUGUCCCAUCUGCAGUCAGGCCAUUGUGUCCCAGACCCGCUGCCUGGCCCUGGACAACUGCAUCGACAGCAUGGUGGAGAACCUGAGUCUGGAGCUGAAGAGGAGGAGGCAGGAGCUGGUCAACGAGAGGAAAGGAGCGCCGCCUGCAGAGGUGAUGGUAAUCCUGGAUGACGACUGCAGCGCUUCUGGUGACCCUAACCCUCGUCGAGCACCGCCUGCAGAGGUGAUGGUAAUCCAGGAUGACGACAGCAGCGCUCUUGGGGACGCAGAGGGCCCGGUGCUCGUGGCCAGCAGUGCCUCUUCCUCGGUCCAGUCCGUGGAUUCGGACUCGGACUCAUAUGUGGACUACAGCCAGUCAGCGCCGUUGACCUUCUCUGAUAGUAGUCUUUCGGACGAUUAG